AUGUCAGAUCGCUCAUUAAAGCCGGAAGAUCAGGCCUCCAGGCAUGAGCUCUCGUUGAACAGACUUACACCAGAUCACGAACCGUACGACCCAGAGGAUCCACAUUUAGCAGAGGAGGCCCAACUUUUACUGUCACAGUUUAUGAACAAACCGGCACGCAAUCUUAAGGAAGGAAGCCACAGGAACUCAGGAACUAUCGUCCAUGGUCAUACGGCUUUUCACCAGCCUGAAAGGGUAUCUAAGGAUGGAGUACAACAGACCGAUGGUAGAAGGGCGGAUUACCGCUUGUCAGGGAGCUCUAGGUCUGGGUCAUCACGAGAGCAGAGGAAUGGUAUAGCCAGGCCUUCCAGCACGGGAAAGUUCACGGCAAUGGUAACGCGGCGAUCUCGUCGCCCGACAAGUGGCCCCGUUAAUUACUAUGCAAAGGUCAGCCUUGGUGAUAGUGAAUCGGACAGAGAUGAUAACAUCGCGGCUGAACAUAAUGCUGCUUCUUUAUCCUCUCUUAGGCGCCAAUUGCCAGAUUCCCGUCCUUCUACGAAGUCGUUUAUCGUGUACUCUUCGCCUGAUGUCCAAGUCAUUGGAGAAUUCUUCAGUUUGCUGGAUAAUAUCUACUUCUCGACGCACGCGUGCUACGCCCCUGAAUCUAGCCCAGCCGGAUAUGCUAAGAGAUUCAGGAAUAAUCCAAUGCAUCGUGUACUUCAUGUCGAUUUUGAUCAUCGAGAAUUGUCGGCUAUUUUGAAUAUGCUACCAUUUUGUGGUCUUCAGCAGGAUGCGCUCUGUUCUGAUAUCUCACUCUGUGAUCGACUCAUAAGAGCUGUCGCUUCAACGCCUACCGAAGAGAUGUUCGGAUUACUUGUGGAUAAAAUCUCAUGGAUAUGCGAACUCUCCCAGUUACUCGCCAAAUACCACGCGAAUGAUGUUGAGUCUUUCCUCUUAGCGGUUAUGAAACCAGAUGUGAAGCCAAGUGACUCGCGGCGUAUUCACCGUCUCAUUGGGGAUAUCCUUGGGCUCCAAGUAGAAAAUGGCCAGAGGAACCUAUCUCAAUACGUUGGUUCAGACAAAUUUUGCCAACUUCUGACUCAUCUGAUGGACGCUUCAGCGCUGAGACGGCGUCACCGCGCUGACCUCGAGAGGUUUCUUUCCGAUGCCAAAAAUGGUCGCCUGGCUACGGUUCCAUGUUAUGUGCAGGGUAUUACUGUAAGGGAUGGUGCCCCCUCAACACGAAAAACUACUCGAAGACCAACCAACAUAAACAAUCUCCUGCGGAGACGCGAACUCGGAAACCAUGUAAAUCAGCAGAUUCGGUCUACAACUUGCCAAAACCUUCAACGUGUCUUAUCUUGGAAGGGUGCAUCCAAUGAUGUGAUAGUUCUGGCUUGGUCUCCUGAUGGUACUAGGUUUGCAGUAGGUGCCACGGCUCAAUGUGAUGAACAUAAUAUGGCCUAUAACCGGGGCAACAAUCUGCUACUGGGCGACCUGACGACAAAUUCUCUCAAAGAGCUGCCUGACCAUUGGAUUCCUCAUUCCUCACAAAUGGUUAUAUCUAACCAGACCGGCAUGUCGCCUCGCCUGUAUAUGAGCGUGACUGCUAUGCAAUGGUUUGAAGAUACACUUUUCACUGCUAGCUACGACAACACUGUCAAGCUAUGGGAUGCAUCGAAUCACGCUAGCACAUUCUGCUUUAAAACACUGAGACAUCGGUCAAAGGUGCAGGUUAUGGCUCGCUCUAAUUUCAAUGGGAAUAUCCUAGCAACAGGCACGGAUUCAAUUGGCCUAUGGGACCUUUUUGAGGAAGAACCGAAGUAUACCGCUCUUGAACUCAUUCGGCCUAAGAAAGACAUCGAAUUAAUUCCUACUUCACUAGCUUGGGGCACAACUACUGCAACCAACGACAUCCUGAUAGCGGGAAUGUCGGAAAGGGAUCCCGAAGACGUUCUUGUGCCACAAAAUGGCCAUCUCGGAAUGUGGCGCGCUAGUGAGUCAGGUUUUUUACCUGUGCAGCUAAGUCCAAGUUCCCAGAAUAUCUUUGAUGUCAAGUGGCAUCCCGUUCUACCAGCAUUUGCAACUGCAAGCUCGGCACCGGGAACUUUAAGAAACGUGAACUCUGUUGUCCGUAUCUAUGAACCGCUUACAUCUAAAAGAUCCAUUGUUGAGUUCGAUUGUCCUGCGAUCGACAUUAACGAUGUUACUUUUUGCCCUACGAACCCGAAUUAUGUGACUGCCAGUUGCACUGAUGGUCUGACAUAUGUCUGGGAUUAUCGCAACCCUUCUGAAAUUCUCCAUAGGUUACAACAUGGAGAACCACUGAAUCAAAUAGACGAGAGUCUGUCUAGAGAGCAAGCAGAUGUCGGUGUCAGGGUAGCACUCUGGGGCGAUGCAAUUGACCAGUUUUAUACUGGCGCUUCAGACGGAGUUUUGAAACUGUGGAAUAUUCUUCUGUCCCCGGAAGAUGCUCUUGUUGAAAACAAAAUGACGUUCCCGGAAGAAAUAAUGAGUGGUGCAUUCUCUGGCGAUAAAUCCAAUCUUCUUAUCGGAGAUUCCGCUGGAGGUAUCCAUAUACUAUCUUCCGGUGCGUUUGUCAACGGUAAUGAUCACUGUAUGAAUUACGAGCGCGCUAUUGAGCCGGACUAUGAGCGCAACCCAGAGCUGGAUUCGGAAUCUGGCAUUGAAGCGGCAAAAUCAUUACUAUCUUCAGGCCGGCUUGUGCGACAUCCGAUUUACGGUGUUGGCCAAGGACCUCACUACGACGGUCCUUUUGCUGCUUGGGCUCGUCCUGAAGGUAUACCAAAGGAAGCAAUUCCCCUAACCCCCCUGGAGGAAAAGUAUCAAAUGCAACAGUUCGAGGGGGUGCCGGUAGAAGAUCGGCAAGGGCUGGACGACCAAACCCGGCAAUCUCUAGCAGCCCACAUGCGGCUUGCCCGUAUUCGGAAUCAGAAACGAAAUGAAAGCAAGCGAAAGCGAGAUGAUCGGAAUGAAGUUGGUAAAACCAACAAGUUGAAUCGAGACCAUAAUUAUAUAGACCUCUGCACCGACGACGAGAGAUUAUUCAAGCUGCCUAAAUCCAAGCGACGUACUCGUGGACGUGUCAUUACUAGGGUGGAACCCGAGGUUAUAGAUCUGACCGGUGAUACUGAUUCAGAAGACGUGGCUGAGUCCCCGUCUAUCGAAGGGGCAAAGAUUAAACCCUACGUGGGUUGUUCGACUGUGCGGUCCCUCUCAGUUAAUCCCGAAGAUUGGGAAGAGGAUUUUUGGUGGCCAGCAAGCGCCGACGUGGAUGCGAAUAUCAAGGAUAUCGAUAUCUAG